UUUUCAUUUUAAUUUUCUGUUUUGGGCAAGAAAAGAAUCUUCCAUUUGCAACAAAAGAAUCCAAAAAGGCCAAGUCAGCCACCUAAAACCCCUUCCGGUCUCCUUCCUCGCGUUAAACCCUACGCCCCAGAGGUUUCUCAACAGACGAAACUUCCCAGCCCCUAAAGCCCAAACUCUCUCUCUCUGUCUCUCUCUUUCUCUUUCUCUUUCUCUUUCUCUUUCUUUUUAUUUAUUUAUUUAUUUUUCUAGAACUCAGCUCUACUGAAAUGGCGGAUUCCACAAAUUACAACAACAACGACCAGAAAAAGACCAGGCUUUACAAUCCCUACCAGGAUCUUCAAGUUCCAAUCCGAAAUCUCUAUAAUCUUCCAACAGCCCAUGAACACGUAUUCAUCGAGGAGGCCACCAAGCCCCACCGAUCUUGGGGCGAGAACCUCUGCUACUACACCGGUUGUGGUUACUUUUCCGGUGCGAUCAUCGGCGGAGCAAAGGGCUCCAUCGAAGGCCUCAAGUCCGCCGAGCCCGGCGACACUCUCAAACUCCGUGUCAAUCGGGUUCUCAACUCCGGAGGUCACAUGGGUCGGAGUUUCGGGAACUCCCUCGGCGUUCUUGGAUUGAUUUUUGCUGGUUUGGAAAGUGGGGUUAAUCAUUUCAGGGGUCGCGAAGACUUGUUGAAUACUAUUGUGGCCGGCUUAGGAACCGGUGCGCUUUACAAGGCUGCGUCUGGACCCAGAUCGGCUGCGAUCGCCGGAGCUAUCGGAGGGAUUGCGGCGGCUGCUGCGGUUGCUGGGAAGCAGGCGGUGAAGAGAUAUGUGCCGAUUUAGGGGAGGGUUUUGGUGAACUUUGUUAAGCUGGUUUUUAGUGGAUGAGAAAUUUCUUGGGUAGAAGAAAAAUGGGUUUGAAUGUUUUACAUUUUUUUUUCUUUUUUUUCUUUUUUUUUUUUUCAACAUUGUUGUAGGCAAUUUAUUGGAUUGGGUAAUAAAUUUGAUGGUUAGUGUCAUUAUUUAUGCUCAAAUCUAUUAACUUGGCCUUUUCGUUUGAUAAUAUUGAGUUAUAUAUGUAUUCUCUUGUUCCAGCCAUUGUGUAUGUUGUCCCAGCCAUUGUGUAUGAUCAAUCUGCAUCAAAGUUCUGAAUUAUUAUUUCUUUUUUUUUU